AUGGAGCUGGAUCCUGCCCUGCCUGCUGUCAAUCAGACUGUGCUAGUCUCUGCCCCUGGACCCUUUGUCCUGCUGGGGGUGCCGGGACUGGAGGCCUUGCAUGCAUGGCUGUCUGUGCCUGUGUGCCUGCUGUACAUGGCAGCUUUGGUAGGGAAUGCCCUUCUACUGGGACUGGUGGCAGUGGACAAGGCACUCCGGGCUCCCAUGUACCAACUGCUGGGGCUUCUGGCAGCUGCUGACUUGAUUCUGGCCACAUCCACAGUGCCCAAAGCCCUGGCUGUGCUCUGGGGUUUGUCAGGUGAGAUCUCCUUUGGGGCCUGUCUAGCUCAGCUCUUUGUUGCCCAUGUGGCCUUCAUUGCUGAAUCCUCAGUGUUGCUGGCCAUGGCUGUGGACCGCUAUGUGGCCAUUUGCCAGCCUCUGCGCUAUGGGGCCUUGCUGACCCAGCGUGUGGUAGGCAUAGUGGCUAUAGCUGCAGUGGCUCGCGGUUCCUGUGUCAUGGUGCCUCCUGUGGUUCUGCUUCAAAGACUGCCUUACUGUGGGCAGCGGGCCCUGCCUCACACCUACUGUGAGCAUAUGGGUGUGGCUCGCCUGGCAUGUGGUGACACACGCCCCAACAUCUGGUAUGGACUGGCCACCACACUGCUCUCCCCGUGCCUGGACCUAGGGCUCAUAGGUGCCUCCUAUGUCCUUAUUCUCCGUGCUGUCUGCCGCCUGCCAUCCCAUGGUGCCCGCUACAAGGCCCUGGGUACCUGUGGGGCGCAUGCCAGUGUCAUUGUUCUUUUCUACACACCUGCCCUCUUCUCUUUCCUGGCUCACCGUUUUGGCCACCACACAGUGCCUGACCACAUCCACAUCCUACUUGCUAAUCUCUACGUGGUGGUUCCCCCAGCCCUUAACCCUGUAGUCUAUGGAGUACGGACCCAGCAGAUUGCUCAGAGGCUUAGGCACUUGCUUCAGCUCUUCUGGGCAGGGGCAGUGAGGAAGGUGGACCCCGAGAGGGUAUCCCCACAGGAAUGA